UCUCUACUCACUUCUGUUACAGAUCCUUCUAGCAACCAGUGGCUCAUUACUAGUAGUCAUGAUGCGAAGAUCCUGGAUGAUUUGCUCUUUAACAAUCCUAUCUCACCCUUUAAGUCCCAUUCCCCCACUUCGUCUAAAUCUAUCUCUAUAUGGUCCUCCUAUGAAAACCAAAAGAAUUUGACAUCAAGCUCUUCAAAGCGCGACCAAAAUGAAGUUACUAGGAUGGAUGCAGCAUAAGUUGCGGCAUAGCAAUAUUGAACCUUUCAAGGAUUUCACAAUUGGGAACUACUGUACCUGUCUCUCAGCUCAGUCAUCUCUCAAUGAUCAAGAAUCCCAUCAAAAAUCAACCUCUGGCUAUGGAUACGGAUAUGGAUCCAGAUAUUCGACCCAGUCCCAACAGGAAAGUGAAAACUCCUUCACAGAAUUUGAAGUCAAGGGAGUAGAAGACAAUUUUGGAGAUGAAACAUCUACUGUCAUCUCGGGGAUGUUCAACGGCUUUCUCACCAUUGGAACUCUGGGUUCCGAACAGUUUAUCAGCGAGCCUGUAACGCCAACAUUCACCAUGUCUUUGGAGAAUAUAACUGAGGAAAAAACAGAGGUGACGGAAAAUGAUUUGAAGCUCAUCAACGAUGAACUGGAGAAGUUCCUUGAGGCCGAAGGUGAAGAACACGAGUCCAAUGAAUCAUCACGAAGGAAUAGUCAGGUUAGCUCGAUUACACUUAGCGGUAAGCCAAUGCAGGAAGCCAAUGGCCAAGAAUAUGGGAAGACAAUCGUAUGUCCACUCCAAGGAUAUCUGUUUGGGUCUUCCAUUGAACUUCCAGAAACAAGAUUUGAGGUGAAGAAGGAAAAGGCAUCACUUGCAGAACUGUUCUACAGGACAAAAAUUGCAGAAGAGAAUCCUAUGGAAAAAUGUGGGAAAGAGGAGAUGCAGACCAAGCAAACCAAUAAACCUGUCAAACAUCUCAUCAAGAAGAUUCUGAAAAAGCUGCAUGCUUCUUCAGGGAGUUCUACUUCUACCUCUUCUCCUAAAGAAAUUAAUUCUGUUUCAACUAAGAAAAAACUCCAAAAGGUCAUAAAACUGUUCCACAGAAAAGUCCACCCUGAAAGCUCUGUAGCUGAAAGAGAGUCUAAAAAUUUGCAAAGGAAUAAGAUGAAUAAUGCUCCUUACAAUGAUGGACAUGGUGAUGACUAUACUGAUGGAGAGCUGAUGCACCAAGACAAAGACAACAGGUGGUUUCUUCAGAUAUCAAGGUCAAAGGCGGGAAAAGAAAAUUACAAGACCAUCUCAAAACUGCCUCAAUACGGGCUUACUGGCUGUACUGCUGCAAGUGAAAAUGGGGAGCACUGGAUCAAAACAGAUGCAGACUACUUGGUGUUGGAGCUGUAGUGAAGAAACUGCAACAAAUGCUUAUUAAUAGAUUUCAUCCUUCAAAGUAAGUAUGCCAAUCUUAUGGCUUUAUAAUAUGAACUGGUUUGUAAUGUGUUUGAGAGUGAGUGGUGAUGAACUCAAUAGAAGAAGAAGACUAUUAGGAGGAAUCCAUCUUAUCCUCCAGUGUGUGAUAAUAAAGUUGUGCACUUAGUUUCUUGUAGUCUUCCUACUCUGACGAUUUGUUUAUGAUCGCUUUUAAGUCUGGUUCGAAUUCUUGAGACUAUUCUGCUCCAGAAGCAAAGCACUUCAAAAGUCCAUAAUUGAGCUUCAACAAUACCUGAAUUCACUCUGGAGACUUGAGAAAGGGAGACAAGGAUUAUCAACCUCAAAGAAAGAAAUGUCAUUAAAGCAGGCAAUGUCAUAAAUUAAGCCAGUAGCCUCUCUUCCCUCAAAACCCCACCCAUUUCCAUCCUCCAGGAUCAAUCAACUAAACCUUGUAGCUCUCUAAAAGAUAAACCAAAAGAAUCUAUAAGCUGAAACUAUUAGCAUAUGCAAUCAAAGGAGAAUUAGAAACUACGAACUUCAAUCUAUUGGCUCUUGGAUCUCAUCAAUGAGAUCACAAAAAGGUUUAGAUACAACAUAGAUCAGUUCGGUUUGGCUGCGUCAUAGAAACCAUUGCACUACCCAUCAAGCCCAAAGCCCAUAUUUUUUGGCAAGUAAGGAAGUAAAAUGAAAUCUUUUGAUAAUUGUUUUAGUUGAUUUAAAUCCUAACUCUAGCUAUGACCGGGGACUUGUGUUGUGUGGUGCAUAAUCAUGCUCUCUCUCAUUUCAAUUUCGUGUUUACUACUUUUUCAUAAUUAUAUAUCUAAGACUUUGAAAAUGAAAAAUGAACGUUUCCAAGAGGUUUGAAUUUUCUUAGAAGGAGAGAUGUGAAAACAGAGGUUAAGUGUAACAAACAAACCCCAUGACACGUAGAAAAGGAAUUGACUUCUUCAAUUAAAUCUAAGUAAUAAAAAACUUGUUCUUCAUGGGAAUCUCACGUGCUUCAAAGUUCAUACGAUAAGCAUUUCUAAAUCAUUUAUGAAUAAACAAAUAACCUUAAUCACAUACUAUAUUUUUGGACUUUUGCUUCCAUUGAUCUGAUCACUUUAGAAUAAGAAAAAAAGAUAAUGUUGAAGUCUUCAAUCCAACACUCCACCAAACCUCAUUUAUUUUUCACAAAGGAACUUACAUGGAAAAAUGGCAGAAAUCUCACCGAAACUUCCCCACGUGGACUCGUGAACAACGUGACUUUCUUCUCCGCGUUCCUCUUGCUUGAAGACAAAAGAUGGAAUCAUGGGAAAAGAAUUUUGAUUUUGGUCAGAGGAAUUCUAGGAAAUCAGAAUUUUUCAAAGCGUAAAUGUUAAGCAAUCUUCCAACAAGGUUUAGUGGGAAUCCAUUCUCUUUAAUUAAGCCAUCGAUUGGAAAUCAUAUUUCAAAUUCCAAUUCCAAUUCCAAUUUGAGCAAGUUGUGAAAUUGUUUAAUUUAAUCAUAGUGGUCACACUCAUAUUAUAUUAGCCACCAUCCAGUCUUUCAAGUAAAGCUACAGAAAUAACAAACAAACCAUCAAUUUCUAACUCUCAACUUCCCAACACUUUACCAUUUCCAAUUGAAUCACUAUAACUUACAAAACCAACUGCCACCUUCAAAAAGUAACAAAUAAAUAUUGCCUCA